AUUGACUUGACGUAGUCGUCACGAGACAAUUUCUCAGACGCCAGCAAGAUGUCACUAAAUAGAAUAAUGUCCGAUGAAAAAAAGAUGCGCCACCAUUAUCUAGAAACACCGAAAGAUGAUAAGCAUUACAUAGUCUUCAAUCUGCCAGAUUGCGAUCUCCUAGGAAAUAAUUACAAAAGAAAAGCGGAUGAAGAUUCGUUUUUCUUCGAACUUCUCUGCGAAUACCGGCAACGCGAGAUCUUCAACCUGCGAAAGGACCUCGAAGUCGGCUUCUCCUCCCCGACACCAGAUACGCCGAUAUCGGAUAGAGGCUCAAAACUAUCGGUUUUCGCGAAAAUUAAGACUCUCGGAUACCUGGAGAAGGAAUGGGAUUCGCAGCAAUACAUCUCGAAGUACGGGUCCUCGAAGAAGAUGACUAGAAGAAUCUUCAGGUUCAAUCCGGCUGUGACUCCACCGCAUCGACAAAUCCGUUGGCCAAAAUAAUUAGUCACAUCAACGUUAGAAUCAAUUAUUCGUACAUUUCUUAUUUUUGUUGCAGUUUUUUUUAUGUUUGAAACAUGUAAAAAGGUGUAUUUUUGCUUCGUAGAUUUAUUUUUUUCUUCAAAUGUUGAACUUCAAAUUAAAACUAGUUAUAAUAAAAAAAAUAUGUUUUCACUUUA